GAAUCGGAGCAUGAUUAGAGCAACAUUAGCAACGUUUAUAUCAUACGAGAAGCUCUGAAAGAAAGUCAGAAAGGAGAAAAAUAAUUCAAAAUGCCUCUGAACAUAUUUGGUUCUGCAUUGUACGACACAGUGGAGCUGGUAGGAAAUAUAACCAAUCCCCUUGAUGAUUAUUUACUGGAGCCAUCUUGGAAGUAUAUGACCACCAAUUAUUCCCGUUUUACAAUCUCUUUCUGGUUCUCUGUAAUAAUACACGAGAUUUCGUACUUUGGGCUCUGCUUGCCUGGAUUCCUUGCUCAGUUCCUUCCCUUCAUGCAGAAAUACAAAAUACAGCGAGAGAAACCAGAGUCUGUUGAUGGACAGUGGAAGUGUUUCUUGCAAUUACUUUUUAACCAUUUUAUCAUACAAGCUCCAAUGAUAUCAGGUCUAUUCUAUUACAAUGAAAUAAUGGGAGUCCAAUACGACUGGGAAUCAAUGCCUAGAUGGUACAUGCUAUUUUUUAACUGCUUCCUUUGUCUUGUGAUUGAGGACACGUGGCAUUACUUCAUCCAUCAGCUCCUUCACCACAGAAGCAUUUACAAAUAUGUGCAUAAAGUUCAUCAUCAUUACCAAGCACCAUUUGGAAUGGUAGCUGAAUAUGCGCACCCAAUAGAGACACUAGUCCUUGGUGCAGGAUUCUUCAUUGGUGUCCUUUUGUUCUGCAACCAUGUGGUCUUCAUGUGGCUAUGGAUGUUUGUUAGACUACUGGAAACUAUUGAAGUUCAUUCUGGAUACGACUUUCCCUACUUGAACCCACUUAACCUCAUUCCUGGCUAUGCUGGUGUGAGAUUUCAUGAUUUCCAUCAUAAGAACUUCAAUGGAAACUACAGCUCAUCUUUCCGGUGGUGGGACUGGCUAUUUGGUACUGACAGACAGUACAAGGAGUUUGUUGCUGCACAAGAAGAGGUGAAGAAAAAAGAAUAACAUUUCAGACUGCUAAGAGUAGUAGUAUUUAUUAUUAGUGAUUUGUUCACUUUUACUUUUUAUUAAUUAAAACUACCAUGCGAUGAAAAUUAA